GCAGUCGGAUAGCAGCGCAACCGUGAUCCGCUUUUUCAGUAUUUUUAAAUAUCUUUGUUCAUCUUCUGUCCUUUCCACUCCCACACUCCUCUAAGCAUCGCCACACACACGCAUACACGCACGCAUACACGCACGCAGCUACACCCCAGCGCGUAGCCCAGGGAGUCAAAUAACUGGGUGAAGACGAGCGGAUGCCGUGCGUGGGAGGGGAAUCGAACAACGACAACUACCUCUACCACUACUACUACUUCAGAAAGGAAAAGGGAAACGCCUUGAAGAAACAACAAGGAAGCAAAAGUACCUCGCACAAAUUGAUGUAUUCGCACAUGCGACUUUUCUCUCUUCUUUUAGUAUUAAUUUGAACGCAACCCCACCUGCUGUAUUAUCCUCUUUUCUUCUCGAAUACCUCUCCGAUAGAUCGCUAUCUCUAUCGAUACACAGAUUUGUUUUUAGUCCAAUGGGCUGUGUCGUCUGCACGUCAUCUGCCACUACCGGUGCGCCGCGUAACAGGCGACCAAGCCACGUGACGUACGUCUACGCCGGCGGCAACGCGCGUGUGCCGACACCGGCGGCAGGGAACGGCGACAGCUCCCCACUCUCCAGCUCGCCGCCGCGCCAGCUGCGCGGCGUGAAGGUGGUGGUGGACAGCGGCAGCGAGGGACCCGCCUGCGCCGUGGCGGACACGACACAGCCACACCAGGUCGCGAGCGUCGGCCGCCGCAACCGCCGGAGGGACAACGUAUCGUUUAGCAGCGGCGAUAUCGCACCCCCGCUGAGUGGGAGGGACACGAAUGGGGCGGCUAGUCCUGAUGCAGCCGCCGCCACCGCCGCGAGUGUCGCGUCGCGGCAAUCGAAGCUGUCUCUGCAGGGGAGCCCCUUUCCGGUGAGUCCCACGAAGCAGCAACGCAUGUCGUCGACGCGCGGCGGUGGCGGUGGCGGUGGUAUCUCCGCCCUGGCGGCGGCACUCGGCUUCACCGUCUCCGAUGGCGCCCGCUGGGGCAUCCCCACCAGCACCCGCUCGCAGCCCUCACAGCACAACCCGCCGCACCUGUCGCACCACCACCUCUCCUCCACCGCUUCCACCUCCGGGCAGGGACACAACAUGCGCGAUUCGAUGCUGUCGGACAUCUCAGAGCUUAUCAGCCCCGUCAGCACGACCGUCACGAGCGCGCCGGAUUUAAUCUCACCAGGCCACGGCAACGCCUUCGGGGCUCGCACGAGCAUCAAAACCAGCUGGCUUCGCCAUGGAGAGGACUUGGAGACCCAGCGGCAACAGGCGCCGCUGAGUAUUGAUGCGGAUUUUUUUGUGUACGACGACAUCGUCAUCUCGAAGGAUGAGGCGCGCACGAAGCACUGGCGCUUAGCUGGGCGUAAGCCGACGAUAACACUGGAGAACUCCGCGGCCGACAACACGCCGGGUGGGCGGAGCCGGCGCAGCAGCAGCCUGAAAGCGAAGCGCUACUUUACGUUCAACGACUUCGACGUGUGCGUGGAUGAGAUGGACUGGAUGCCGGCGACGGCCGGGGCUGCCGGUGUCAUCGCACCGCUGCAGCAGAGCAGCGACGCAGCGGCGAUACAGCCUGAUUUGCGGUCUAUGACGGUCACGAAUACGGUGGCGUCGGUGCCAAAUACGGUUGCCCACGCUGAGGAACUGGCGCGGAAGGUGGCCCCGCCGUUCAACCGCCCGCUGCACAGCUUACAAACGACGACGAUGCUGGGACACGCCACUCGAGUGAAGUGCAUCGCUCUCUCGCCGGCCGAGACGGAGUACGUGAGUUGCAGCAACGAGGACGCCUCCAUCUCGCUCAUGAACCUCGGCGUGCGGGCCGAGGUGGGCAUCUUCACCGGCCACCAAGACACCAUCAUCAACGCCACCUUCUCUCCUGAUGGCAAGUAUCUGGCGACGACGAGCAAAGACAAGUCCAUGAUUCUGUGGGACGUCAUGACGGCGCGGAUGCUGCUGACCCUCACCCACCCCAAGGUCGUAAUUUGCUGCUGCUUUAGCCCUGACAGCAAGUACUUUGUCAGCGGGUGCCAGGACCGCACCUGCCGCCUGUGGGACACGAAGCGGGGAAAGGAGUGGCUGAGCUACACGGCACACGACGGCAUCAUCAUCGCCAUCGCCUUCAGCCCCGACGGCAACUACGUGUGUAGCGCCUCGGCGGACAAGUCGCUUCGGGUCUGGUCGGCCACCACGGCCAAGACGCGACUGCACCUCACCGGGCACACGGGGAUAAUCCUCUCUUGCAGCUACACAGGCGAUGGGCGGUACAUCAUUAGCAACGACGAGUCGUUGCUGCGCGUGUGGUCGGCCGAGGAUGGCAGCUGCACGCUGUCGUUGAGUCCGGCACACGUGGCGAGUUCUGCGCUGCGCAGCGCACGCGGGCCGAAGCUGGGCUGGACGCUGUCGAGUGCAGCUCCCGGUGCCUUCACGGGGUACAUGGUGGCUGCCUGCAACAACCGCUUUAUCUACGUCAUGGACAUCGAAUCCGGCGCCGAGGUGACGAGCGCGUUCUGCAAAGCCCCUGUGUACUGCCUGGCGGUUGGUAGCUGCGAGAGGAUGGCCUGCGGCGACAGUUUUGGGAACAUAUACAUAUUUACGCUGAAGUAG